UCUGUGUGCCCCUCUGUGUGCCCCUCUGUGUGCCCCUCUGUGUCUCUCUGUAUCUGUGUGUGUCUGUCUGUGUGUCAGGGCACUGACACUGGACACAUCUCUGCCUGUUGGUUGAGCCGUUGGUCCCUUCAGUCUUUAUUACGAGUAGCUGCAUUUACAGCAUUUUCUUCUCCGUCUCUUUUUAGCUGCAAAGACAUUAAGAGGCUGCUGGUGAGCUUCAUGUACCUACAGAGCCUUCUGCAGCCCAAGAGCAGCUCUUUGGAUUCUGAGCUGACGUCUCUGUGCCAAUCCGUGCUGGAGGAUUUCAACCUGUGCUUGUUCUACCUGCCUUCCCCUCCCAACCUGAGCUCAGUGAGCGAGGACGAGGAGGAAUACGAGAGCGGCUACUCCUUCCUUCCCGACCUGCUCAUCUUCCGCAUGGUGAUCAUCUGCUUCAUGAGCGUGCACAGCCUCAGGCGUGCAGGCUCCAAGCAGUACAGCGCAGCCAUCGCUUUCACUCUGGCCCUCUUCUCUCACCUCAUCAACCACGUCAACAUUCGCCUGCAGGCGGAGCUGGAGGAAGGGGAGAACCCGGUGCCGGCGUUCCGCAGCGAUGGCGCAGAUGAGCUGGAGCCGCAGGAGCCCCUCAGUGCCACGGAGAAGGAAGGUGAGGCGGAGCUGCCCAAUCACCACCCCAGAGAGGAGGAACGGAAACACGACUGCAAGAAAAGCAAGAAAUACUCACGGCUUUCCUGCCUGCGCCGCCGCCGGCACCCGCAGAAGGCAGAUGAGAGCGACCUGAGCGAGGGCUUCGACUCCGACUCCAGCCAGGGCUCCACAAAGGGCAGCGACGGCUCCGACAGCGGCUCGGAGAAGAGCGACGAGGAAGCAGAGGCCGCUUUUGACGUGGAGACGGACUCUGACAUGAACAGCCAGGAGUCGCGGUCCGACCUGGAGGACAUGGAGGACGAGCCGGGCAAGGAGGGCAGCGAGCGAGGCCAGAGCGGGGCCAGGGAGGGCCUAAAAAACGGCGUGGAUGGCAGCGGGUCGGGGGACUGCAAGAACACGAGCGGCUCUAAAAUGGAGAGUGCGGAUCCAGCCGUAAACGGGCCGGUGUCCCUGAGCGCCAGCGAUGCCAGCAUCGCCAGCAACCUGCAGGCCAUGUCCACGCAGCUCUUCCAGACCAAGCGCUGCUUCCGCUUGGCCCCCACCUUCAGCAACAUCCUCCUGAAGCCCAGCACCGAGCCGCCCGCCUUGAAGGGCAGCUUGGCUGGCAAGCCCUGCGUCAAUGGCGAUGUGGAGAAGCCCAGCUCGGCAGAGCAGGACGUGUCUGACUCUGAGGAGAGCGUGUUGAGCGCCAAGUCGUGCAGGAACGAGCGGUCCCUGCAGGAGAAGCUGGAGAUUGUGAGCAAUGAGGGGCUGCUGCUCACCGUCAAGGUGUUCCUGGACUGGCUGAGGACAAACACGGACUUCAUCAUCAUGUGUGCUCAGAGCUCCCAGAGCCUAUGGAACAGGCUGUCCGUGCUCCUCAACCUGCUGCCUUCUGCUGCUGACCUGCAGGAGUCAGGUAUGGAGAAGGGCAGCACAGCACAGUGCUCCCUUCUGCCUGCAGCCCUUUGCUUACCAGGGAGGGACUUCGUUUGUGUGCUGUUUUCUGCUCAAACCCCUCUGGGGUCACUUGCCAUCCCUUAG